UACUGUAACUUGGGAUACUCGAUGACCUCUGUUGAUCUUAACAAUGAUUAUCAUGAAGACCUCGUGAUAGGUACCCCUUUUUAUUCGGUCACAGGGACACAGGAAGGAACUGUAGCCAUUUUGUUUGCAGAUAAAUCAUUACCUAGUAAUGACGUAAUAGAGUUUGAAAAUCUUCAAAUGAUAAAAAAUGUAAAACAGAAUUUUAGUUGGUUUGGUCAUAAUAUAAGGGGGAAAGAAGGUGUUCUUAUGAUCAACCAGCCAUACUACAGAAAAUGUGCAAGAGGGGACUGCCAGUUUUCUGUCGACGAUGUACAAGCCGUAGGAGCCUUUACUUUGAUAAACACCAAAAACACGACUUCCUUCCAAAAUCUGUCUCUCUCGGGUAAAGAUGAGUUCGACAUGGUCGGGUUUUGUAAUGAUUUUGGUAGACCUUAUGGCGAUGGUUCCCUAAUAUUGGCCAUUUCCGCCCCCGGUGAUUCCGUUCCCGGCAUAGCUGCUACUUUUCCUGUCAUUAUUACACAAGCUGGAUCCGUUAUAUUGUUUAAGAUCUCAAAAAAUGGGGAAAUUUCUGAAAUUGCUACUUUUUAUGGAGAUACUAGAUACAGCCAAUUCGGGUCAUUCAUUCAAUUUAAUGACGUGAACGGAGACGAUAUAGAUGACUUUUUGAUUGGUGCUCCAAUGAGGUCGGACGACUGGACAGAGCUUGGGCCGCGACAACUUGUCACGUCAGAAGAUGGUAGAUUUUAUGUCUUUUAUGGCGGUGGGUCGUUUCCUCGGGGAAAUGGAACAGUGAACCCCCUCUGUGGAAUUCUGACACCUUGUCCCGGACACGUAUCCAACAUAACAUUCUUUCCACUUGAGGGAAAAGGAUAUUUUGGGCAUUCAGCAAGUGUGGUGAAAGCAAAGAAUAUAACCAGUGUAUUGGUUACUGCUGUACGUGCUGACGAGAGGUAUACAUUUGGAGAAUAUGGUCUGGAAAUGAACGGAAGAAUAUAUGAUUAUCAAAUCCCACACCGUCCAUAAACGAAAGAAUCUUCUUUCAGAGUGUAAACACAUUUUUUACAGGAAGAAAUAUUCUUAUUUAACAAGUGUCACCAAAGAAAAUAAAAUAAAUAUGUGUGAAUAAAUCUUGCUAGUACCUUCUCUCUCUCUCU